AUAACUUGUUCGGAAUGUUUACGUUUAUAAUUUGAGCAUUUUAAGAUCUCCUUUGACGUAAAUAUGGUAUAAACUAUUGUGUAUCUAGAGCUGAUUGUCAUGGUCUUUGACAAAGCAAACAAUUUGUGCACAAAGAUUUAAUAAAUACAAGUCAAGUCUUGUCAGUCCGUUAAGUGAGAAAACAACAGCUCUUGAAGCAAACUUUUAGAUACCUUUGAAGCCAAAUCGACUUGAAGGAAAGACAACAUGAGAUUUACAAAUAACGCACUGGGAUUAAUAAGUGUAUCAUUGGUAAUUUUUCAACUAUGUAAGGUGAAAGGAUGGAGCCGUGUUGAAUUAUUCAAGAAUGUCAUCAGCACGGUCGACCCUGAUAUAGCUCCUUUUGAAUCAGACACAACGAGUACUCCACUGACGAUAACUCUUAACCUCAUGGGUAUAUCGAAAGUCGACGAAAAACAGCACACGGUUUCAGGGACAUACUGGAUGAUGAUGGGUUGGGGUGACCCCCGUCUUUCUUGGGACCCCAACAUGUACAGUAAUAUCACAUCAGUGCAAGUCAAAGCCGAAAAGAUCUGGUAUCCAACAUCUGUUUGUAUAAUCAACGAAAUUGGAAACAACAAGUGUAUCGAUGCUAAAGACAAACAACUGACUGUGUACAAUUAUGGGUUUGUUGGAUAUCUGACAAACGUAGAAAGUGUCUCGCAGUGUAAAAUUGAUGUCACUAAAUAUCCGUUUGACACUCAAGUAUGUGAAGUGAAAGGAUCCAACCGGUCUGAAUUAUUCAAGAAUGUUAUCAACAAAGUCGACCCUGAUAUUGCUCCUUUUGAAUCCGCCCUAACAAGUACCUAUGUGACAAUAUCCCUCAACAUCAUGAGUAUAGCAGAGGUGGACGAAAAACAGCAAACGUUUUCAGGAGCAUAUUGGGUGACGUUAGGCUGGAGUGACUCUCGUCUAUCCUGGGACCCGAAAAUGUACGGUGAUAUUUCAUCAGUGCAAGUGAAAGCCGAAAAGUUAUGGUACCCUACCUCUGUUUGUAUGUAUAACGAAAUUGGAAACGACAAAUGCUUCGACGCUAAAGACAAACAAUUGACAGUUUACAGUUAUGGGAACGUUUUCUAUACAACUUAUUUGGACAGUGUCUCGCAGUGUAAAAUCGAUGUCACCAAAUAUCCGUUUGACACCCAGUUUUGCGGUCUGGCGAUGGGCAAUAUCAAUUUUGGAACCGAGUUUCUAACUUUCAACGAAGAAUAUUCGAGCUUCCUUCUUCAGUAUCUUCAACCCAACGAAGUGUGGGAUAUCAAGAAUCAUACAUAUGAUGUAAAUAAUGUUUUCAUCCCCGCUUUGAAUUCAACUCAACAGCAAAUUUAUUUCUUUCUACAAGUGGACAGAAAGGCCUUCUAUGUUGUGAUUUCAACGUUGUUACCCGUGAUUAUCUUGUCCGUCCUGAAUUUGUUCUGUUUCGUGGUACCAAUCGAGUCAGGAGAGAAAAUGGGAUUUGCUAUGGCAAUCUUUCUGACUUUUGCAGUAUUUCUGACUAUAAUCAACGAUUCCAUGCCUAAAUCAUCUGAUGUUAUUCCAUAUUUUACUAUUUAUUUGUUAACCCAGUUAGUAAUUAGCGGAUUAGUAGUUGUUCUUGAAGCAUUCGUUCUGUUGGUCCAUUUUCAUUUUUCUACUAGCAAGGAAGAAUCGGACACAGAUGAGAAGCCUCGAUUGAAGAAUAAAUUCAGAGUGACAGGGGUACAUUUAGAUAUAGCAUUUUUCUUGUUUGUCCUACUUUCCAAUAUAUUAUCGUUUCUCUACUUUUUACUCAACGUCAUACGUUAACAGUUUUGAAUUGUAUUACAAACACUGAUGUUUAGAACAAAUAUUUGUUGAUCAAGCAAAAGGAUUAUACUGUAACAUUAAACAUGACCUUAUCAAGGCAGACAAGGCUCUAAAGGGACUUGGACACGAUUUGAGCUCAAAAUUUCAAAUUUUAUUUUUCCAUUUUUUAAUGUUUUGAAUGAUUAAUAUGGGUAUAGAAAGCAUUUUAUUGUUUAUAUUAACAUCUUUCUUCAAGCUAAUCGAUAAAUUGAUUAGGAAAAGUAAGUAAAAUUCACUAAAUUACUGUUGAUGUACGUAAGUGAGUUAGCUAAAAGAAACAGCCAAAUCGUCUCCAGUGAGACUUUGAGUCUGACAUCGUCAUCGUUAUUUCGUGCAGUCCGUGAUUUUUCCUAGGUCGCUAUAGGUUUGGACCAAUCGAUAAACAAGGCGUGUCGAUAUCUGUCCUGUCAUUUUCUUGUCAGUUUCAGUCGCUGUAGAUUUCGACCAAUCGAUAAAUGGGGCGUGUAGAUUUCAGUCUGGCUGUUUCUAUAGAGCGAUGAAUUAACUAUAAGUUUCCGUGAGAAAUAGAGGGAAUAAUACUUGGUAGAUGUAAAUAUAUAACAAUAAAGUUAAAGAAGGAAUGCUUUGCAAAUUGCAAUUUUCUCAAACAUAAUUGUAAUUUACUCCAUACAUAGUCUUGAUUAAUUUACGAAGGGAUGGAUGUCAGUUCUUCGAUUUUAGUAUUAUGUAACUGUAACAUGUGAACAGAAAGAAGAUAAAAACAUCAAUUUUUAUUUUUGAACAAUAUUGUAUUUAAUCAAAUGCUUUUCAAAUAAAGUGCAUUUCAUAAACACGA